AAAGUUGAACUUUUACCUGGGGAUAUUUUCUUCCACGGUUAACCGCACUGCAAUUAUCUCCGCGAUUUCCGGAUUUCACAUUUCGUUACUAGUUUUAGCGGCAACGCUAGGUUGUCACAGUUUUGGCUAAAAAAUUCGCAAAUGAAUUUACGUGAUACGUAGAUAACCUUAAUGUAGAAUCAGUGUCUCUGGCUUUAUUACUACAUCGUUCUCACAAUUAUAGGAAAAACAAAUUUCAUUGUUGUUCGAAAAUUUGCGAACACGUUUGGCGACUACUGUGUGAUGAUAACGAUAACGCACUUGUCAUGGAAUCUUUCGAAGAAUUUAUGGAAUUGUUCGGUAAAUGGAGACGAGAAAAAAAUAAUGACGAUCUGUCGACUAUUUUUAAAAAUGGACCGGCAUAUUUCACGAAUUUAUCUACCAGUGAGAUCGGGUUCGUGCUCUCCGUAUUUCUCAGUGAGAAAACUGGCUUGUUACAUUUCCUGAAUUAUGCUCAUUUUGAUAAAAAUAUGGAGAGCUCUGUGACAGAAGGGUUCAAAUUAUUGAGUUUUAUUAUAACACAAUUCUACUGGUUGCUCAAUCAAUACACAAAUCAAAUAAAGAAAGUAUGUGAAAUUGCAAUUACAAGUACAUGUUCUCAACACAUCAAAGGAGCAGCGGUAGAUUGUUUUGAAAAUCUUGUUAUGAGGUGCCAGAAUUAUGAGUUGAAGUUGAACGAAACAGUCCAGCAUUUGGUCAAGAAGUUUCACUUGUGCACACAUGCAGAGAGAACUAAAUUCUUCAAGGCUUUAGGAGUCAUUGCAAAGUAUCAGCCUGAAGCUAUAUUGUCUUGGCAAGGUGACGUAAUUUUUAGCAGAAUAAUGGACGAUUAUGACCAUCGGCAUUCUCUACUUAAACGUGGUUCACAAUCAAGUGACAUUGGAAUAUACCUCAAUGUUCUCAAUGAUCUGUGCACAAACUUUCGUCCUCCGGAACCCCAGGGGCCAGUAAAUUAUUGGAAGACUUUAUAUCAACGUAUCAAAGAACUGAGUACCAUUGAUAUUAAUCAACGACAAAAAUUUGUCAGUCGAGCCGCCAUUUCUCUGCUCGGCAGACACAUGUCUUUAUUCAAUGAUUACAUCUACAAAGAUGCACUGUUCUGGCAUGGAAUUCUGUUGAAAUGGUCGAAAUUAUCCGGUGAAAAUCAGGAAGUUGCACUCCACACUUUAUUGGCUUAUUAUAAAACAAUGGGAAUAAUAUUAAGCAAUGACAAAACCCCGGGUGGACGUCGUGUAUUUGAGUAUUUGAAGAAGUAUUUGGAAGACAAUGUUAUAAGUGUGGUUGAUUCAACCAUGCUGCAACCGAGUAUUCGCGGUUUCGGACACAUGGCAGGACCUUGUAAGAACUAUUCGACCGAAACGGACGUGUCACGUAUGUUUUCACUCUUGGCACGCAGAGUGACUGUCAUGUAUACUCAUAACAACGAAAUGAAAGAGUCUAUAGAAAAUGUGGUAUACUAUCUCAAUGCGCUAGCGGAAAUAUUGCUACAGAUGUCCAACAUCGCGCCAGAUCAACUGAAUGCACUUUCAACACUAUCUUUGAUCUUGAUCAAACACUUUCCCGACUUGCCCUUUACCAGCCAUUCAUCGGCCGUCUGGUCAUUACUGAAAACAUCCCACAGUAUCAGGUGCAUUUGUAGAUGUUCCUAUCAAGAAUUCAUCACUAAAAUAGUAUACGAAGGCAUUGUAUGGAGUUGCUCGCAUUCACUAUACAUCGAUGCAGAGGCGGAACGUGAAAUGAAAAAUUUAAACGAACGUCCAACAUGUUACAAGAACUAUUCACCGCUGUGGCAGUUACUCCUUUCUCAAAAUAAUCCGAUACCUACAGUGAACAGCUCAACAACAUCCGUACAAAUCUUUGAUGCUAUUAUCGAAACUUCUAUCAAGAUCAUUAAGAAAUUGAAUUUGGAUGUGACAACUGUCGAUGUGUCAGGUGGAACUGAAGAGUUUACUAUACCUGUGGCUGUAAACGAUACGGAUUUCAGAAUAUUUGUGAAUUUAGUGGAUCUCCUCAAUGCUAUUUUCGAGAAGCUGGAUCCAACUUUAAUGAAUUCUAAACUACAUUGGUUUCUCUGUGAGGUUAUCAGAAAGUCCAACAAUAAUCCUCUGAUAUCAGGAUUUUAUAGACUAGUUCAAAUAGUUCUGAAAAUGUACAGCUCAUCUGAUUUGGGUGAACAAGAAUUGCUCGGCAAGACAUUCCAACUCGUAUCUCAAUAUUUGUGUGAUACCAUUGAGAAACUACCAAGCUUCUCUGGAGAAUUACAAAUUUCUUGUUUCAACCUGAUAUUUGUGAUACCCGUUUCUAUUGCUGAAAAUAUGUUGGAUCGGUUAUCACCUACCUUCAAGGCAGCAUUCGCUCUUCGGCAAGAUAACUUCAGUCUUGCACAAUCUGCGCUAGGAACUCUGGAAAAAUGGUCCACAACAAUAAAAGCAGAAGAACGAUUGAGGAACUUUCUGAUCAAAGUCAUUCCCAGCCUGGAGGUUUUUUUGCAAAGCGACGAAAGCAGUAGUGAGCUUGUACAGAAUGUACCUGAUGGAAAAAAAGUUAAACACAUAGUACUCACAGAUGACGAAAGUACACUGCAAGAAUUCCAGAGAAAAAUUUUACUAUUUUUUGGCUCACUAAAUUCAGAAGUGACACUGAAUUUGGCAGCUGAUCGAUUUACCGAUAACAGAGCUUCAAGUGAAAAGAAGUUAUUGAAGUACACAUUGCUAUACAGUGAUAUCCAACCCGACAUUUAUUUGGAUACAAUUUUUCCAAGGACUAUUGAAUUAGCUCUAAAUUCCACAGAUAGACGCACUCGCGUGAUAGCAUGUGAAGUAUUACAUUCCAUUGUGACUGUGAUGCUCGGAAGAUCAAUGCAACUUUUGUCAUCAAAUCCAGAUGGUCUGUUGCCUCUCUUUGAAAAAAUAUGCCCAGCUAUAUUGAGGCUUGGAUCAGACUCUGACCAAGUAAUACAACAAUUGUUCUACCCUUUAAUGAUACAGCUUACCCAUUGGUACAGCUCUAAGCUGAUGCUACGGUCGUCAGAAACCAUAUGUCUUAUUGAAACACUCUUUGAUUCAUUGACUUAUGAAUCAAACAUGGCACUCAGCGAUUUCUGUGGCGUCUGUUUAGCUGAAUUUGUGAAAUGGUCAAUUAAGCAGUCAACAGAUUCUGAAAUACAAACUUCGUCAACAAAUAUUCAAGCCAUUGUAAGCAAGAUAACAAAUUUUGCACUCCAUCCAACUACAUGCAAACGAAUUGGAGCUGCCAUUGCGUUCAACUACCUUUAUACAAUAUUAAGAGAGAGUGACAUAAUAAUAGAUAUUUUUUGGUUGGAGUUACUCGCCUGUUUCAUCAAAAGCUUGGACGGAUGUUCCAGCACGCACAUCAUGCAGUCCCUUAAACAUAUCGAAAGGGUUAUUGGUAUCAAAUACGACCUUCUUAACAGCCAGUCUCUUCACCGUAGAAAGCCGGCCGAGUUUGAAGGAACUUCACUCAGAGAUGCCGCAAAUUGGCUCCUAAUACAGUGUGCAUCUGUUGAUCAGAAUUGUAGGACAAAGAGCAUGGAGGAACUUGAACUGAUGACCAAAUACAUUCCUGAAUUUAAUUCCAUCCAAGGGUUUUUCACAAAUUAUGUGAAUUGCAAUGGCAUGCGAAGUCUGAACCAAAUAAUACUCAAAGAUCUGCAUCCAAAAAUGGAAUACCUAUCCAUAAAAACUAUGAAACCACUAAUACGGACUUUAGAUUGCUAUAUUUGGAUUCUUAAUAAAAGUAUAGUGAGCUUGGACUCAUUAUUUACUGACAAAAACGCGAAUAAGGAUAUGAUUUUCAAUUGUACCAUUAAUUUUGUUUAUUUGGUCAAUGUUAAAAGAGAAAAAAAUCAGGAAACUAUAGAAUCUUUCAACCAGUAUCAAGAGCAUUGUCUACUGAAACACCAAAUUAUUUUGAAAAUCUUUAACUUCAUAAUAACUCUACUCAGCAAAAUAGAGUUUCAAGGUAGUGCUGAAUCGUCCUCCUAUGUACCCGAAUUUUUUUGGAACGAUGAACUGUGUUCGCUGAUAUCCUCUUGUAUUUUUGUACCUGAAGCCGUUGGUUUUGAUUUACAAAACUUGGACAUGAUGGAAAUUCUUGAAUCAACCAUACAGCAAUUACUGACUAUUUUGAUACAGAAAUUCGAUACCCAAAAGUUUUUUUUACUGGUGAAGAAAUCGAUCGUAAAGCACAUUGAAAGCAAACGUCAUCAGUACAUGAAUUUUGAUGUAAUAUUCAUUGAGGCUAUGACCAUUUCAUUGAAUAACUAUGUGAAGGGUUUAAUUAUGUUGGAAACAUUAGAUCAACAUGAUCGAUUAUAUAACAGAUCUCUUAGUGAUGAUGACGCGGCCAACGGGGUAGUAGAUAUCUUCAACCUAUUGAACGUGCAACAAUAUGAUAGAGCGGUGGCUCUUACUCUGGAAUCAAGCACUCAAGAAUACUUAACAACUCUGGUGAAAUUCUUGACCUUCAACUUUAAAGAGCAAAUGGCAACAACUUUACUGGAAAUUGUCGAUUCGAAAACUAAAUUGUCUUAUCAAAAUUCAUCAACAAUAUGUCAUGGAGAGUACUUUAUGAAUCUUUUCGGGAUUCCUAUUUUUCAAAAUCUCCUGAUAGACAUAGGCAAAAGCUUGGAUGUAUUGCUGAGACAUUCAUUGAAAAAUAAGUUUGACAGUAUUCUAGUGAUAUUGGAAGAAAUGAUGAUGUAUGUCAAACAAAACAAAAGUCGCUUCGAAAAGCAGAUUCCAAAUAUCCAGCUGGAAUUCGUGGACAGAUUUGAUAAAUUUCGUAACCAAGUGAAGUACAUGCCUGAGAGGAAAGAAAAGUUGGUCAAUCUAUAUUCCUUGGUGGUACAAGUCUCUCCAAAUCCAUCUGAAAUUUGUAAGGAACGAAAUGACUUUUAUGCUUGGAUAAUACUUGAACUCCAGGACUUUUCACAACUGGAAUAUAAAACGAGAAUUCUGAAUGGCUUAUUGCCUUGUAUUGUCGACGGAACUUUUGAUAAAAAUGCACAGUUGGUGCAUUGCUUACAUAAAUUGAAGACUCAAUACUAUACCGCGAACAUGAAUAAUCUUUUGAAGGGCAGUCUCGACCAUUCAAACAUUAUAGCAUCUUUUCAAACAUUGUCACGUCAUCUACCCAUGCUGAAGUCUGUAGGCUUUUUCGAAUGCGUGAUAGACAUUACUAUUGGUAAUAUCGAAUAUUUAUGGGAUUCCAAUGCAAUCCAACAUCUGACUGCUUACUUUAAUGAAAUCUCUACCGAAGAUGCAUUAGAGUCUCUAGUGGUUUUGUACAAGUGUUUUAUGGCUAUACAAGACUACGAGGCCAGAUUAGAGUUAUUGAAAAAGGUUUUUCUCAAAUGCAUCCAUUUUUGUAAUGCGAAUGUAAUUGAACAAUUUUAUGAACAGCACAUAGAAGAACUUUAUGAUAUUGCGAGACAGGAUCUUCCUGUAGGACGCGUUGAUCUGAAGAAUUUGAUCGUCUCAAAGAUUGGUUGUUAUAACUUGCUUGAGAUUAUGCUCGCUAAAGUACCAUUGGCAAAGUUAAUCAGUGCAGACAGUAAUAUCGUGAAAAAUGCUGUUCACAAAAUCGAAACUGGAAGAGAAUUAUUUCAAGGGUUGACCAGAAAUUGCCUAGGUGUUCGGAAAUUGAAAUCUCCAAAUUCCGAGGUCAAAGAACUGAUGCGGCUCCUGCACUGCGCAGCAUACAAUUGUUGCAUUGCAAUUGUUAGUUUGAAAUCGGAAGAGCGCUUCUAUGUUAUGCCAUUUGCUGAGAAGAUCUCUGAAGGUCGACUUAUAUGGGAAAACAUUAUUGAUACGGAGCGGAAGUAUGAAUUCAAACAGGAUUUUAAAGAAAUACCCAAAGAGUAUAGGAAGCUAAUCAACAUACGGAAACGAGCUAGUCCGAAAACAGAUCAAUUGCAUUCAGAGAUAAAGAGCUACAAUCUCGCUGCAUCAACGUUAAAUGAAGAUUUAGCUUGUUUUGAUUUGUAUGAAUCUAAUCUGAGAUCCAAUUCAAUUGAAGAUUACGAUAAAAGCGAAGAAAUGAUAUCCCUUAGCUUUGAAGUAGAUGAUCUUAAUAACCAUGAAUGUAUGGCCCCAAUAUGUGGGAUUAUUACACAUAUGGUAUCAUCGAAUAUAUUUAAAUUACCAAAUGAUGAAGAAGAAGUAAAGAUGCCUGAAUGGAUGGAGUUUUUUCAAAUUUCUUUGAGGAUUGCAACGGCUUACAACGUGAAAUUUUUCAUGGUCAAACUUAUUCUGAACGUGCAAGAGGCUUUCAAACCAUACGCACGAUUUUUCAUCGCUUCAUUGUUAAGCUUUCUCAUCUCUCAUUUCAAUACUUAUUAUCAUAUGAACUACGUGAUUAAAGAUAUCCUAGUUAUGUUGAUAGAUUGGCACAGUGUGGCGAUUCCAAGUACAACAAACGAGAAAAAAAUGGCCCAAAAUUUAUUGAUGAAGUUGUUGAAAAAUGGGGAUAGCCAGCAAAGACAUCUAUACAAAUACAAUGUUGAAAUUAUAAAUCAGCUUGUUCAAGCAUGGCAAUCCAUUUUGGAGGUACCUGAAAGUAUUCUUGGAAUUCCAAAUGCAUCUGAAAGAUUCACAAUCCGUAUAAUUCACAUUUUUGUCUCUAACAACAAAGAAGAAUGGAUUAUAUCAAAACGUGAGGUUUUGACGCACAUGGUGAAUUCAGUUGAUGACCCAGAUGAAGAAACGAUUUUGUAUGUUUGCAACACGCUAGGACUGAUAAUGAAGUAUUUAGAAUCUAGUAACGAACAUGAGGACACAAAACAAUGGUUAACUACCAAACUGCAGUUUUCAGUCAUAAAAAAAAAACACAGAAAUCAUAACAUAUUCAUCAAGUGUAUAUACGAAAUACACAUUUCCUAUCCAAACAUAAUACGAUAUUGUUUCAAGCUAUUGACAACUAGCUUUUUCAAAGUUGAUGAUGUGCACAAGGAAAAAUGUUUGGAGCUGUUUUUAUCGGCUUUACCAAAUUUUGUUGAAAAUGAAAUCAUCAUGGAAUUAAGAUUCAUAAAAUUUCAAGAUAUUCUAAAAAAUAAGAUGUUUUCGUGCCAAAGUAUAGCUCUGAGAAUAAUUGAAAAGCUGCUAUAUAUUCUAAGUCCGUCCGACUAUCUACCAUUUGCCCAACUGAUACUUCCAUAUGCAAAAACUGCCUCUGCAACACAAAGAGAAAUUGUUAUCAACAUUUCCAAGGCUAUUUGGGAAAAGUAUAAUGACAACAUUGACGACAACCUUGCGGUCGGUAAGCUGAGGCACGUGAGCAAAAAUAUUUUAUUGCUGGGGCUACUGGAUACAAAUGAAUCUGUACAGAAAGAGUUAUUACAAUUUUGGAUCGAACAUGGUCACUUGUCUGACCAAUCCAUUGCAAGAUUAUUGGAGAUUUUUGAUAUGUAUGAUCCUGAUUUAGAAACAAGUUAUUUGUCAUUUCUGCCAUUGUUGAUGUUACAUCUAGUGAGCAAAGACCCACAAUUUGAAAAAAAAAUGUUUGAACCUCUCAGUAACUGCAAGUUUGAAGAUUAUCAAGUAGUGGUACAGGGUCGUUCCAAGCAUGAUGGGAUACUUGCCCCACUAUUCACGUCGUCUCUUGUUAAUCGAAUGAGCCAAUAUUAUUCGCAAUCUAAUCGCACAUUUGCUCGUUUCAAUCAAUCUCUGAACCAUGGCCUGUUUUUAAGGGCCUCACAGUCUUUGCAGUUUAAGCAAACGCUGUCUAAUGAUCAGUCAUACUUUCAAUCAGCUUGGACGCUCAUGGAUGAACAUGAGGGCUCAGCAGCAGGAACUAAAAGAAUUCUUGAACCUUCAAAAAACCAAAAAUCGAAAAGGCUUUUGCAAUAUUCUGCAGAUAUAAGCAAGAACAUACGUCAUAAUCGAAUUUCCAAAAAUAUGCACAGAGACGAAAUAUCAAGGAAUGAAAUUGACCGCCAAAGAAUCAGUGUCAAGAUGUAUAGAAAGUAUAGAAUCGGAGAUUUUCCGGAUACGGGGCUUACUCAUGCUGGUCUAAUUCUUCCAUUGGAAGAACUGGUCAGAAUUGAUCAGGUUGUCGCCAAAAAUCUGACAGUAACAAUGCUUAUUUCAAUGGUGAAAGAAAUGUUACCCGAUCAAAGAACGGACUUCCUUGAAAGGCUGUCGGUCAGUCUCAAUGGCAUUGUUGAAAAUAGUCAGGGAUCUAAACCUCUUAUUGCAACUGUAUUAGAGCUCAUCCUAAGCUUUAAAGAAAUUUAUAUUUGCUCUAAUACAGUUGCAAAGGUUUCCAAGUCCUGUGGACUGUUAUCCUUGGGUGCACUUUUGCUAGAAGAAAAAAUGAUUUCUGGGUGCGCAAGUAAGACGAAUUUAGAGCCUGCACGCAAAAAAUCUAAAUUGGCUAAUCACCCAGCAGAAGACGACAAUAACUGGAUGCAAUUAGCAAAUAUUUAUAAAUUAUUGAACGAUUUUGAUAUUAUACAGAGCAUUUUUGGGAGUGCCAAAUUCGGAAAAGAGUUGCAGGAAGCAUCCUUUGCACAAGCUGCUGGUAAAUGGAGGGUGGCAAAAAGUGCAUAUGAGAAGUCUGAUGAAAUUAAUAACGGGCUGGCUAAAGAAUACUGUCAGGAAUCGUUAUUUAUAUGUUUAGCCUACCUUUGUGAUUGGAAACAGAUCGAUCAACACGUAAAAAAAAAAUUGGAUGAGAAUUACGAUGCACUUUGGGACAUGCCAAUUAGCGAUAAUUGGAUGGCCCCAUGGGUAUUACAAUUACACAUUCAGAAAAUAGCAAAUGACCAUCCUGAUGGAACUUUCGUUCAAGCGUUGAAUAACUGGAUGAAUAUAAAAGAUAAGUCGAUCAAGCUCAAAGAGCUUUACGGAGAGGAGAUGGCAGUAUUUUAUAUUCAACAAAAUCCAGAAUUUUCUCAAAACUGCCUCACUAAUGCAUUAGAUAAAGUGAUAACAGAAUGGAAACAUUUAAAUCUCCUAUACUUUGAGCAGAAAAUUGAUAAAUACUUAAAGUUACGUGGAUUGAGUGACAUCAAAACAUAUUUAAACGGAAUCAAAGACAAAAAUCAACUAAUUCCAAAUGCAGAAUCCAUUAUUAGUUUUUGGAGUAACAGCGUACCCGCGAAUCAGGACAAUUUGCUGCUGUGGGAUAAGCAAAUUAUUAAAAGAUUAUACUUCCUUGGGUUAUUGGCACAGCGGAUCAAUGAUGUAGAGUCAAGCCAGGCAAACGAAAUAUUGGGCACUUUGAAUGUGGCAGUUGUUAGGCAAUGCCUCAAUAUAUCGAAUAUAGCAUAUUGUCAGUCCAAUGCACAAUUUAUGAAGAAAUACUUGCGAUAUGCUGAACCAUAUUUGGCUGACAUUGAUGACAACUUCGACAGAGAGUGGCAUUUGGCAGUUGCCAAACAUAAAUACCUCUACUAUGCAGAUAGUCAGUGUAUCGAGAAAAAACAGAAAUCUUACAUUAUGUCGUGGGAGAUAUCACACGAACUCAUUGAGAAAGGGCCUUAUAAUACCAAACUGGAAUUGGAUAUCAGGCAACACAUCAGCACUCUAAUUAUUGAACUACAAAUGUUAGUGAUCAAUCAAGAACCGAUUGGCGAGGUAUUAUUAAAAAAUAGUUCAGUUUCAGCAUGCUUACCUCCCAUACGUGAUCCAGAAGCUAUUCUCAAGCACUUAAGCGACUACUGUUUGACUACAAUGAAAGAGUGUUACGAAUCAGCUGACACCAAGAGUAAAUCAAAUUGUUACUUGAAAGUUUCUACAUAUUGUCAUUCCAUGAUUAGUAGACCUGAAGUAGGCUUUGACCUGUCCAAGGAAUUCAUCCAUUCUACUCUCAGUGCAAUGAGUUAUGGAUCCCUUGAAGCAAGUCAAUAUUUUCCAUGUCUAUUGCACUUGAAAUACUCCAGUGAUCCUGAACUAGGAAAAAUAUUCGAAAGUGCAAGUGAAAAUGUUGAGACAUGGAUGUUCCUCAAAUGGCAGGCUCAAUUACUGUCACACAUUGGAUCCUCUAUUUGUUCAAUUAUUGCCCCUAUACUGUUGUCACUUGCCGAGAAAUAUCCUAAUGCCUUCGUUUACGCAUUCCGUAUGAAUAAGGAAAUGAAUAAAUGUCUACUGAACCAACCAAUCAUCAAUAAGUUAACAGAAGUUCUCUCUGAGAACAAAGAUUUGGAAUUAUUUCUCGAAGCUAUGAGGUACCUUGUGCAGCCAGAGCUAUACUUGAAAUACCAUGUGGAAAAACUAGAAGCAAACAUGAAGAAGGAUGUAGAUGCAGCAGUGAAAACUUUACUCGAUACUGUAUACCCAAUCACGACGGAUGUCAAGAAAGGAAAAAUAUGGGAGAUUAUCACAAAAUGGCAGACAAAAAUCAAAGAAUUGACGCAGUUAAAAGACAAUAAAUUCUUCUCUCAGAAAACAGAGAUAUUCAGUACCUUGAAUGCAUCCCUGGAAAACCGCAUUAGAGGGACUUGUACCUCACCGCUCAAAGAUUAUAGUCCAUGGCUUUACCAAUUCAGAGGAGGUGACAUUGAGGUGCCAGGCCAGUAUUCGGGCGAUCGGGAGCCUCUCCCACAGCAUCAUACAAAAAUUUUUAAACUGAAUUCCAGCGUCACGGUCUUGCCAUCAUUACGUAAACCUGUCAGGAUAGCUUUUCUGGGUACUGAUGGAAAGCAUUACAAUUUUCUUGUGAAGUACGGAGAGGAUCUAAGAGUAGAUGAACGAAUAGAACAGCUAUUCAUGCUAAUGAAUAGAAUUUUGCAAGGAGAUGCAGCCUGUAGGCAACGCCGGUUAUCCAUAGACUCUUAUCUAGUAAUUCCAUUAACCAACUCACUUGGAUUGAUCCAGUGGGUUGAAAACACAGGAUCAUUGAGCGAUUUAAUUGAUUUAGUAUCCUCAGAUCGCGAGAAAGCUGAUCGCAAAUAUAUUAUGGGACUCUAUUUAAAUUGGAUCGGUACUGUUGCUGGCGAAGGAAGCUUAGAGACCAGGUACAAAAAAGCUGUAUUAAAGUGUAGCAGAGAAGAUGUGACAAAUAUAUUCACUCUGUUAAAAAGCAAGAUCAACUGGGAUAUGUUAAGAAAUGGUUUUAAAAAAUUAAGUUCAUCACCAGAGUGCUUCUUCGCAUUUCGCCACAAUUUUGUUACCUCUUUUGCAACAAUAUGCAUUGCUCAGUGGAUACUAGGGAUUGGAGAUAGAAAUUUAUCUAAUACAUUGAUUUCUCAUACAUCGGGUAAAGCUUUGGGCAUUGAUUUCGGAUGUAGUUUUGAUGCUGCUAUAGAUUCAUCCAUACCGGAACUAAUGCCAUUUAGACUGACUCCGCAAAUUCUCGGUCUUUUACAACCUUUUGAUGAGAACGGCUUGCUGAAGAUAAUAAUGAUAAAUGUCCUACGAGCCCUGAGAAGUAAAAAAGAACCACUCAUUGCUUGCAUGGAUAUCUUCAUCAAAGAGCCUACCUUAGAUUGGCUAGCAAGAAAAAAAAUACCAGAUGAUCGACAAGAAAAUAUAGAUGUAACGUGGUAUGCAAAGAAAAAGAUAAACAUGGUUAUUAAAAAAAUGAAUGGAUCAAAGCCAUCUAAGCUCACUUUUGAACAACUGAAGGACCGCUAUAGCAAUACAGAAUAUUUCAGUAAAUACUUUGAUAUCAUAAAUGGUUCUAAUGGUGGGCUCCAAUCUAGGGCACGUUCAGCACAUAAAGAUGAAGAUUUGAGUGUUGAAGAACAGGUGGAAUGCUUGACUGACCAAGCCACAGAUCCCAACAUUUUGGCCCGUACGUGGCAUGGUUGGGAACCGUGGCUAUAAGACUGAAG